AUGGCUGCAAUGAAAGCCCGGUGGACAGCACCUGCUCAAGCCCCUGCUGCUGGUGCACCUGCUCAACAUAGUCCUGCUGGUGCUCCUGCUCGUGCUUCACAUGCAUCGUUUUCCCAUGUUGCGCAUACGGCACAUGCUCCAGCUCCGCAUGCAGGCAGUCGCAGCCACGAUUCUGGGUCCGCUGAACCGAUGCAGGUCGACCAAGUAGAACGCACGCCUCUCUCUGCUCUUUGUGACCGCCCUUCUUCUUCUGUUUCGCAUGCAGGGCACGUGCAACCUCCGCAUACAGUCAGGCGUGACUGCGCUACUAGGUCUGCACGAGCGCCGCAGACUCCUCCUGGCCGCCCCUCUGCUCAACAAGCAGCCUCCGCAGGCCUAACCGAACUUGUUCAACGACCGAGGCCGACCCUGAUGAUGCGUCUGUGGGCAAGCAUGUGGACAGAUCCCCCCCGAGGCAAUCGAAGCUGA